AUGUCCGUGCGGUUUGCCAAGACGGCGUCUGUGCAUGGUGCAUUGUCCAAGUAUGAAUAUGAUAGAGGGUCUGAUCCGGAAGCCGCCUGCACUCGUCUGACGGCUGAACUGGCCGCAUUAAUCAAAGAAGAAUUAAAUGAUUACAAGAUGAAUGAAAUGCAGAUCCAUGCAGCCAGUCGAUGCUACACUCAUCUCUUUCCUCUUUAA